AUGCUGAGCUGGUUAAAGUCGUACGGCUACCUGCUUCCCUAUGAUGCACGGGCGUCUGCACUGCACUCAGGGAAGGCCUUACAGUCGGCAGUCUCCACCAUGCAGCAGUUUUACGGGAUCCCAGUCACCGGCGUGCUGGAUCAGACAACAAUCGAGUGGAUGAAGAAACCCCGAUGUGGCGUCCCUGAUCACCCCCACCUGAGCCGUAGGCGGAGAAACAAGCGCUAUGCCCUGACUGGACAGAAGUGGAGGCAAAAGCACAUCACCUACAGCAUUCACAACUAUACCCCAAAGGUGGGCGAGCUAGACACACGGAAAGCUAUUCGCCAGGCCUUUGACGUGUGGCAGAAGGUGACCCCGCUGACCUUUGAAGAGGUGCCAUACCAUGAGAUCAAAAGUGACCGGAAGGAAGCAGACAUCAUGAUCUUCUUUGCUUCUGGUUUCCAUGGUGACAGCUCCCCAUUUGAUGGGGAAGGGGGAUUCUUGGCCCAUGCCUACUUCCCUGGCCCAGGAAUCGGAGGAGAUACCCACUUUGACUCAGAUGAGCCGUGGACGCUAGGAAAUGCCAACCAUGAUGGGAAUGACCUCUUCCUGGUGGCUGUGCAUGAGCUGGGCCACGCGCUGGGACUGGAGCACUCCAACGACCCCAGUGCCAUCAUGGCGCCCUUCUACCAGUACAUGGAGACGCACAACUUCAAGCUGCCCCAGGACGACCUGCAGGGCAUCCAGAAGAUCUAUGGACCUCCCGCUGAGCCUCUGGAGCCCACGAGGCCCCUCCCCACGCUCCCUGUCCGCAGGAUGCACUCCCCAUCCGAAAGGAAGCAUGAGCGCCAACCCAGGCCCCCUCGGCCCCCCCUGGGGGACCGGCCGUCCACGCCAGGCACCAAACCCAACAUCUGCGAUGGCAACUUCAACACAGUGGCCCUCUUCCGGGGCGAGAUGUUCGUGUUUAAGGAUCGCUGGUUCUGGCGCCUGCGCAAUAACCGCGUGCAGGAGGGCUACCCCAUGCAGAUUGAGCAGUUCUGGAAGGGCCUGCCUGCCCGCAUCGAUGCGGCCUACGAAAGGGCUGAUGGAAGAUUUGUCUUCUUCAAAGGUGACAAGUACUGGGUGUUUAAGGAGGUGACGGUGGAGCCCGGGUACCCACACAGCCUGGGGGAGCUGGGCAGCUGCCUACCCCGCGAAGGCAUUGACACAGCUCUGCGCUGGGAACCCGUGGGCAAGACCUACUUUUUCAAAGGCGAGCGGUACUGGCGCUACAGUGAGGAGCGGCGGGCCACAGACCCUGGCUACCCGAAGCCCAUCACUGUGUGGAAGGGCAUCCCGCAGGCUCCCCAAGGGGCCUUCAUCAGCAAAGAAGGAUAUUACACCUACUUCUACAAGGGCCGGGACUACUGGAAGUUUGACAACCAGAAACUAAGCGUAGAACCAGGCUACCCACGCAACAUCCUGCGUGACUGGAUGGGCUGCAACCAGAAGGAGGUGGAGCGGCGAAAGGAGCGGCGGCUGCCCCAGGAUGACGUGGACAUCAUGGUGACCAUCAACGACAUGCCGGGCUCCGUGAACGCGGUGGCAGUGGUCAUCCCUUGCAUCCUGUCCCUCUGCAUCCUGGUGCUGGUCUAUACCAUCUUCCAGUUCAAAAACAAGGCAGGCCCUCAGCCUGUCACCUACUAUAAGCGGCCAGUUCAGGAGUGGGUAUGAGCAGCCCAGAGCCCUCACUGUCCACUGGGUCUGGCCAUCCAGGCCCCUCCUCACCAGGGUCUGAGGGGCAGCUCUGGCCACUGCCCACUGGGGCCUGCAGGGCCCGGGUCGUACAGCUGAAGCAGUGGGUGCGCUGGCCUAGGCUGAGUGUGGGGUGGGAGUGAUGGGGGCUGUGCCCCAGGGCGGGCUUUCUGUCCUGGGUAGACUACCCUCUACUCGAGGGAACAGGCCAGGCCCCCUCAGGAAGCAGGGACCAUGCCAGGAGGAACUCCUGUGGUCGCUGCAUCCUGUGGUGUCCCGGAGGCACCACAGCUCCCUUCCUGACUGGGACCCAGCACCCUCUGUGGGAAGCCAGCACUAGCUCUCAUCCCCCAACUGGGAGAUGCCACCUGUCCCGGUCCCCUUUUGCCAACACCUGCUGGUCAGAUGUCCCCCACACCCACCCUACUGUCCUCCAAGGCUACAAGACCCCUGCUGCCGAUACAGUGGGCACCGAGCCUGGGUUUCCCCUGCUGGCAAACAGCAGAUCCCUCAGGAAACCUGCUCCACUUGCCAGGGUCUCCUCCAAGACCCAGGAUUGAGGGUCACGUGCUGCAGGCAGGGCUGUGGCCCAGCUGGAUCUCACAGGGACCCAGCUGUCACGACGUGAAUAUUUAAAUGUCCUGUCACUACUAUUUCAAGUCCCAUUUUGCAAAGGCUGCUUGAGGCUUUAGGUGAGUUAAGAGAGGACUGUCUUGGUGAUGAGGCCGGCAUGGCAGCCCUCCCCUAGGCCAUAAGGAACAAGGUGCUGCUAAGGCCAUUCUAGCACCCAGACACCCAGUAGCUGGGGCCCUACUCAUGGGGCUAAAGAGCUGGGACAGGCACCGACCCUAUUUCUACACACCGGUCCAAGUUUGCGGCUGCCCUCCUUUCCAUUAUCCCUGUUCCUCUUCCCACCCCCAGCCCUGCUCCAGCCUAUCACUUGGGGCCUCAGGGCCUAGCCUGAGUAGUAGGUGGAGCAGAAACGGCCCCAGGGCCAAUGCUGUUGGGACCCAGCCAACAAGUUGCUGUAAGGGACCCAGGGCAGCCUUCUGAAAUGCUCAGCGCCCAGACUCCUAGCUACCUGGAGGCAACUCACUCUCAGCCCAGAAGCAGUGUUCACACCCUGAGCUUGGCCCUUGCAACCCAGCUCACUGGGCCUGUCUUCCCACACUGCUCUUAGGAAAAGGGCACCCCCAGCUGGUCGCACCCCAGGCCCAGGGGCCUUCUUGUUUGACCUUCUGAGGCCCACACUUCACUUCCGGCAGGAGUCCUAGAGCUCAGCUUGCCUUGCUCCAGUCCAGCAGAGGCCAGCCCUGCUUGCCACUAAGGAGCCUCAGGCAAGACCAGUGGGCUUAGUGGUGCCCACUGGCUCUCUGCCAAAGCCAAAAAGAGGUGUCAAGCAGCCUUCAGGGUGCCGACAGGGUCUCA